CUCGCUGUGAUUGGAUGUUGGUCAGAUCGCACGAGGAACUCUUGAAGGUAGCCUGCUAAGAAAACAUUCCGCGAGAGUGAUGUCUGGAAGGAGAGUGUUGGUUUUUUCUUCAGUGGGGGAGCUCGGGUCUAGUCUGGCUCAGCUGCUGUCCUCUCGAGCAGAAAAAGCUCUGAGCUCCGGUGGAAGCUGCUUUUCUCUGGGUCUUUCAGGAGGGAGUCUGGUUUCUAUACUGAGUAAAGAACUGCCUGCUGUACCAAACCUGGACUGCAGCAAGUGGCUUAUUGGCUUCUGUGAUGAGAGACUUGUGCCAUUCAGUGAUCCAGAGAGCACUUAUGGAUUAUACAAGAAUCAAUUAUUUGGGAAAAUCAACAUUCCAGAAGAAAGGAUUUUAGCCAUAGAUCCUUCUUUACCUGUGAAAGAAUGUGCCGAGGACUAUGCCAGCAAACUCAGCAAGGCCUUUAGCACAGAGAAGAUUCCAGUGUUUGAUGUCUUGUUGCUGGGAAUGGGACCAGAUGGACACACUUGCUCUCUCUUUCCAGAUCAUCCAUUAUUACAGGAGCGUCAGAAGACAGUGGCCCCUAUCUCUGAUUCCCCCAAACCGCCCCCUCAGCGAGUCACUAUGACGUUACCCAUGGUUAACGCCGCUCGAUGUGUGGUGUUUGUGUCGACCGGCGGCAGCAAAGCCCCUGUACUGAAGCAUGUGUUGGAGGGUGGUGAAGGGCCUGCUCUUCCAGCAGCUCUGGUUUCUCCUGACCAAGGAGAGCUUUUCUGGCUCCUGGAUGAACCGGCUGCUGCCUCACUCACGUCUCCAGUUGAGAGGCCUGGUCCUGGAGCUAAACUUUAAACUCAGCACACUGAACUUGUAGAAACACAGGCUAGUAUUUAGAGCUGUGGCGAAAAUUAUUUGAGAAAAUGAUUCUGCAAAUUUCAAAACGCACCACUACUUUCUCUUAAAACGGUUCUGAGCUAUGUAACAGUAGAUGUGCUCUAUGCCAGUUUUUAACAGCAGAUGGGGCUCUAGGUUAGUUUUUAACAAUACACUCAAAUGUACACAAAAAAAAACUAUUGUGAGAUUUCAUUGAGACAACCUUUUUAAAUGUUCAAAUUAUAUACAUUUGUUAAAAAUGUUAAGUUAACUUAAUCAAUUUGUGUUGGGACAACAUGAAUGAAUUGUGUGGAACCCUGCAUUUUUUUACAGUGUACAGCUUGGUUUGUAUGUCAUGACAAUAAUGUAAGCACAGCUCACUAUGAACAUUCUUGUACUUUGCUUAAAUCUUUUCUAACUUCCCUUAUAAUUAUUAUAGGCUGGACUGGUAUUUGUAAGGAAUUGGAUACAAGCAAAGUAUGGCUGUUUGUAAAAGCAUUCAGCGCCAUCUGCUGUUAAAAACAGCCUACAAUCUAUUCAACAAAGAAUAUCAAUGCUUUUUAAACAUUUAUUUCUCUAAUAAUAUUCACCGCCGCUCUACUGGGAUUUCUGUGGAGUCCCUAAACAGCACUGUUUAAGAAGUUGUUAUCUUAGCACUUAUGAAAAUUAAUCAUCACAAAGGUAAUUACUGCAGUUACUUCUACUAUUGUAUUACUGUUAUACACUGCAAAAUGAUUCAUUGGAAGGAAAAAAUAUAAAUUAGUUGCAAACAAUUGAUAUUGGCUGAUUUUGAAUAAACAAAUCGAACUGAGUAAUGUUUAACUUAAUUUGUUUAAAUUCAGCCCAUUUAAAUUGUUUGCAACCACUUACCUUAAAAUAUGUAAAUCCAAUUAAUCAUUUUUUUCAGUGUCGGAUCUUUAAUGAUUUUAAUAAUCUGUCAUUUGAUAUUGUUCACUAUUUUCACAUUAGUUAUGUUACAGCAACAAUAAACAUAAAUGUUGUUAUUUUGAAGAAACACAUUGUUGCCAUUGUACUUUUGUCUAUAGAUGCAAUGUUUUAUUAAAAAACUGCUGAAAAUGUGAA